AUGUGGCAAUUUAUUAAGCGACAUCGUCGAAAACUUUUUAUUAUAUCAUUACUUACGGGAGGUGGCUAUGCAGCAUUUCGUUUUAUAAAUGGAAAAUUAUCAACAAUGUUAAAUGAUCAAGAUAAAAUGUUGACAGAAUGGAAAAAACAACUUUAUUAUGAACAUAAUCGUGAUACAAGUUUAAGAACAAGAAUGAAUAGUUUGAUUGAUGAUGUUCGAAAAGCUACUCAAUCAAUUCUUUCAAGAAUUCCAUUACAACAAAUGCUUGAUAUAAAUGAUAUUAUGUGGUAUUGUAGUGAAAUUCGUCAUCAAAUUGAAAAAAAACGAUAUCAAUCAUUUAAUAAUCAUCAUCCAUUACUUAAAUAUGUUCGAUCAAUUUCAUUACCAAUACGAUCAACACAACCAGCAACAACGACAACAUCAGCUUAUUCAUUUUCAAAUCCUAUAACAACAACUAGUUCAUUGACUACAAAACGAAUACAUUCACCAUCAUCAGUUUAUAAUGUUCAAGAACAAUUUGAAGUUGAAUGCAUUGAAAUGAUUGAAAGUGAAACAUUUCAACGUGUAUUAAUUCAAAUAAUUGAUCAAAGUUUUUCAAAUAUUUAUGAUGAAUUUGCUCGAGAAAUGGCUAAAGCAUCAUCAGCAACAAUUAAUUUAUCGGAAAAUAAUUUAAAUGAUUCGACGAUAAUUAACGAAGCACAAAUACCAUUUGCUAAAAUAGUUCCAAUAUGUAAUAAUAUUUAUACAAAAUUAUCAAGUCAUCAUGAACAACUUAUGCUUCAUUUUCAGAGUCUUGCAUGUCGACCAGAAUUACAUGAAUACACAAAAUAUGCAUAUGAUUUAUUUUCCAAUGAGUCAUUACAAUCAGCAAAUCAUACAGCUUAUUCAUUUUUACCAUUAGCAUCAUCAUCAUCUUUACAAUCUAGUUUAUCAUCAUUUUUACAAUCAUUGAUGUCUCGAUAA